AUGAACUACAAAUUCAAAGUUUUAUUAAAUAGUACUGAUAUCAGUGAUAGAACGUGGGUAAAUGUGGUACAGAUUGGUGGAAGUGAUGGUUUAGUUAUUGUCAACGUGUAUAGAUCACCAAACAGUCGUGUGAGUCAGUUUAAGGUUAAUAUGGUGGAUCUAUUCGAAAAUUAUAUUGAUAAGGGGAAAUUGAUAAUAGUAGGUGAUUUCAACCUAGACGUUGGCAGUGUCAAAGACCGUUAUGCUAGGAAAUUUGUUGAUGAGUGUACCUUGAUGGGGCUCAAUCAAUUAAUUAAAGUGCCGACGAGAUCAACCUUGACAUCAGAUACAAUAAUUGAUCUUGUGUUCUCGAAUUUUGAUUUGUGUACUGAAGUAAAUUACAAGAAAUUAGAUCAAGAUCUAUUUUUUGAUGUCUUUACUGAUAAAUUUAAGUCAAAUGGUCAGAUAAAAAAUAGUGAUGUAGUAGAGGUAUUGUUAGAACAAUUUAAUAGUAGUGUGAUAGAUGCUCUUGAUGUGGUAAUACCAAAAACUGAAAUAAUUUGUAAAUCUAAACCUUAUAAAGGAUGGAUAACAGAAGAUUUGGUUAAAAAAAUGAAAGAUAGAGAUAGAUUAUUUUAUAUAUCGAAAAAUUCAGGGCUAGAGGAAGAUAUUAAAAAUUACAAAAGAAUAAGAAAUGACAUUUUAGAUGAGUUAAGGAAAUGCAAAAGAGCUUAUAAUGAUAAAAAUAUUGAUGAAAACAGAAAUGAUGGUAAAAUUCUUUGGAGAAGGUUACAGGAACUGAUCGGGAGUAAAAAGGAUCAAAAUGUUAUUGAUAGUAUUGAACUAGAUGGUAAAAUUUUAACGGAUAGUCUGACAAUCUCUAAUGAAUUUAACCAUGAUUUUGUGGACAGUAUUGACAAAAUUGUAAAAGAUAUAGGUUAUGUUUCGAUAGAUGGUAGAAGUAACAAUUAUAGUAAUGAUCAGAAGUGGGAUAGAUUUGAUGAAUUGGAUGAAAAUAAAGUAGAUAAAAUUAUAAAGAAUUUGGAUGAUAAUAAAGGAUAUAAUAAUGAUAUAAAUUCAGUAAUUUUAAAAUAUAUAUGGAAUUUCAACAGGAAUAUUAUAUUAAAUAUCAUGAAAAGAUCGCUUAUGUCCGGUGUUGUACCAAAUAGUAUAAAAAUAUCUACGAUAGUGCCAAUACAAAAAAUAAAAAAUAGUAUUAAAAUUUCUGACUUUAGACCAAUUAAUCCAUUGCCAGUAAUCGAACAGAUAUUAGAGAGUAUAGUAAAAGAGCAACUAGAGAAAUUUAUUGAUAUGAAUAAAAUAUUGAAUGAGGAACAAUCUGGAUUCAGAAAAGAGCACUCAUGCGAAACAGCCAUGCAGUGUUCUUUGAUAGAUUGGAGAAAUAAUAUUGAUAAGGGACUAUACAUAGGUGUUGUAUUCAUUGAUUUUUCUAGAGCAUUUGAGACAAUAAACAGAAAUGAACUAUUGAUACUUUUAGGUAAAUGGGGGAUUGGUGGCGUUGUAUUGAAUUGGUUUAAAUCGUACUUAAAAGACAGAAAACAAGUCGUUAAAUUUAAUGAUAGUAUUUCGGAGAAGCUUGAUGUUGAACAUGGUGUGCCUCAAGGCUCUAAGCUGGGUCCACUAUUAUUUAUAUUGUAUAUUAAUGAAAUAAUAAAUUUAAUGAAAGAACAGGGUGCUGUCUGUAGACUUUUUGCUGAUGAUAUGAAGAUAUAUUUUGCUAGUAAAAAUGUUAAAGAAAUAGAGUAUAUAUUGAACAAAUGUCUAAACAUACUUGAAAUAUGGCUUAAAAAACAUCAAUUAAAAAUAAAUGUAAAAAAGACUGUGUUUAUGAUGUUACAUGAUGUGAGAAAAGAGUAUGAAAUGGGUAGUUGA